GUGAAUGAUGGAAGUGUUGCCUGUGCUGCGCACUCACACAGAUCUCCGUUUAACCUCGUACCGAAGUGAAAACGAUGCGUAAAAAUAAAUAAAUAAACAGUUUGUUCGUGGAGUAGAUGUGCGAGCUCGACCAGUUCCGCUGUUUUUUCCUACCUAAUGCAACAUUUCAGACUACUUCGCCAUAACGCUCUGGUCCUAUUCCUGCCGAUCCAGCUGAACUGAACAUCUGGAUUCUUCACUGAAGACUUAUGAAGAGGAGAGCCAAGUAGCUAGCGGUCUUCGACAGCUUGCUUCAUCCAGCUUUGUUGACCUGGAUGCGGAGGGGAAAUUAGGCCGCUCCUGGGUUUUCCUAAUGAGUUGUUAGCGUUUGCUCACAGAUCCAAGCAUAGUGAUGCGAAUAUAUUUUUAUGGCUUGGUUCAGUUAAAAUGGAAUUUUGUUGUUGUUUAGAGUAGCACUGCUUAACUAAAUGUGGCAGCGGGUAUGCAACCAUAACGAUGGAAAGCUCUUUGCUACCUAUAGUAGCUAGCUAGCGGUUAGCUGGCUACCGAAAACCCACGCUUCUUUUAGCUAGCUAGUUUUGGAUAUGAAACAUGAUUUGUUGCAAAACAAACGAUUCGCUUCAUGCAGGCCCUUUAUUUUAACCCAUUAAAUGGAAUUUAUUAUAUUACGUAAUAGCUAUACAGAUUUUCCACUAAAAUGGGAAAACUCUAAAAGCCUUCAAAAAUAAUAACUCGCAUUGCUAGCUUUUAAUCGCCUACCAGUCGGAGGUUUGCUUCAGUCGCCUAAUCUACCAGUGGGAGCUAACUACCUAGCUUACUUAAAGCAGAAUAUUUAUAGCUCAUUUUGUUAAGGUACAGGAGGUUUCGACUCGUCGACAAUGAAUGGUACUGAUUAUGGAGUUUGGUAUGUCAUCCAGUUUAAGGACCACAAACAUUUCAUGACCCUUAACGGAAUUUGUUUGUAAGGUGGCCAGCAGCCCUUCAUGCAGCAAAUCGUUUCACCGACAAUACCGGCACUUGCUACGCUGCAGAUUGUAACAGAAACGGGGAAAAAUAAUAAUCAUUUGUGCAAAAUGGCUCAAGAGGCGUUUCCUUUGCAUUACCUAGUCUGGAACAACCAGUACCUGGAAUUAGAUCGAGAACUAAAGAAAAAGCAGCACGACGUGGAGCGCCUGGACCCGCGCGGGCGCACGCCACUAGAGUUGGCGGUCUGCCUUGGUCACCUGGAAUCGACUCGCGUGCUGCUGAGGCACAAUGCCGAUCCCACGCACUGCAACGCACAGGGCUGGACGGUAUUGCAGGAAGCGGUUAGUACAGGAGACCCUGAGCUGGUGCAGCUGGUGCUUCAAUACAGAGACUUCAAAAGAGCCACUGAGAGGCUUGCAGGCAUUCCAGAGCUUCUCAGCAAACUGAGACAGGCCAGGGAUUUCUAUGUGGAGAUGAAGUGGGAGUUUACAAGCUGGGUGCCACUGGUAUCAAAGGUGUGUCCAAGUGAUGUGUAUCGUGUUUGGAAGAGUGGUUCGUGUUUGCGUGUGGACACUACACUCCUGGGCUUUGAGCACAUGACUUGGCUCAAGGGGCGACGCAGCUACAUCUUUAAGGGAGGAGAGGGCGGGGCCAUGGUGAUGGAGGUGGACCACGAGAAGCAGGUCGUGUACACAGAGCCACUGUCUCUGUCUCCACGUGACGCCCCCUCCCUUCUGGCCGCCAUGCUCCCCUCGCAGGAGAACACAGCACAAAGGCUCACCUCUCCCAUUGUCUCCACACACCUCAACACACGCAACAUUGCCUUCGAGAGGAACAAGUCUGGGAUUUGGGGCUGGCGCUCCGAGAAGACGGAGGUGGUGAGUGGAUAUGAAGCAAAGGUUUACAGUGCCAGUAAUGUGGAGCUGGUGACACGCUCUCGAACUGAACACCUCUCUGAUCAGGACAAAUCCAGGUGCAAAGGAUCCAGAACUCCACUUCAGUCUUUCCUGGGCAUCGCGGAGCAGCAUGUGUCGAACAGUGGGAGUCAGGUGUCUCAGUGUGCUAGCCCCCACAACCCGACAGCCAUCACUGCGGAGGAGUACUUCGACCCCGACUUUAAUCUGAACGGCAGAGACAUCGGCCGGCCAGUCGAGCUCACCAGCAAAGUGCAGAGGUUUAAGGCCACGCUGUGGUUAAGUGAGGCCCACCCUCUCUCAUUGGCUGAGCAGGUGACACCCAUCAUUGACCUCAUGGCCAUCUCCAAUGCCCACUUUGCCAAACUGCGCGACUUCAUAACCCUGCGCCUGCCCCCCGGCUUCCCCAUCAAGAUCGAGAUCCCCCUCUUCCAUGUGUUGAAUGCACGAGUGACCUUUAGUAACCUGUGCGGCUGUGAUGAGCCAGUCAGCUCUGUGACGGUACACUCCCCCCAGGGAGCCCCAGACACAGGUCAGAGCCCUCCUCCACUGCACUGUGAGGUGGAUCCUUCUGUGUUCGAGCCUCCCCCAGAUUACACGACACUUGGUCCUGGCCGCAGUGAGCCAAUGAGAGAUGAGGAUGACAACCUCCUGCAGUUUGCCAUCCAGCAGAGUCUGCUGGACGCAGGGACAGAAAGUGACCAGGUGACCAUAUGGGAGGCUCUCACUAACACUCGUCCAAUAUCUUCUCAGCCUCCGCUUUAUGAGGAGGACUCUCAGCUUGAGAGGGCAAUUCAGGAGUCCCUUUCUUUGUCGUUGACAGAGGGCGAGGGUGGGGAACUGACAGAUCCUGUUCAGACUCUGACAGGGUCCUCUCCAGACCCCGCCCUGAACUCUCCUCCCUCCUACAGUUCAUUGGCUGACCCACAGGAAACAGGAGCAUUUGCUGUGGCAACCAGUUUUGACGAGCAGCUACGGCUUGCUAUGGAGCUUUCAUGCAGAGAGCAGGAGGAGCUUGACAGGAAGAGAAGAGAAGAGGAGGAGGAGCUGGAAAGGAUACUUCAGCUGUCACUCACAGAGAAGUGACCUCAGCAACAGUAUUGGCAGGUUUAAAGGGUUAACUUAUUGUUUGUGCUUUUUCUGCCAUGUUAAAUUAUUCUUAAAGAUUUAUCCUUCUGUUUUUCUUUUAUAAAAUAUUUAAAAUGUAACAGAGGGCUUGAUCAAGGGACCAGAAAGAGAGAGAUGAGGAAGCAACAGGUUAUGAAAGCUAAACGGGAAACAGAUGACAAACUGGUUAAUAAAUACCAUGUAUACAAAGAGCAUGAUGAGACUACUGUUGCAGCGUGAACGACAUCCUUUCAAUUCCAAUGUCAUCACUCUGAGUGAAAAAUGUUUAAUCUUUAUCUUCAUUAUAUCAUAUUAAUAAAGUGAAUAUCAAAUAUUGAUGACUAUGGUAAUGCAUAAAGUGAUGAAAAUAAUAUUGCAUAAAAUUAGUUAAUUAUGGAGAUUGAUAACAACAUGGAAGUAUGAUUAUUAAAUGUUCCUGAAACCCUUUUAAA